AUGCGCAAGACACUCUCGGCAAAGGUCAAAGAAACCGUCGCAUAUUUGGACAGUCACGACACUCUGGCUAACGUGGACCAAAUCGAUGCGGCCGCGCUCAAGAAGCUGGCCCAAAAUCGACUGCCGGAUUAUAAUCUAUAUGUGCACCAGGGGGAACUGGUGAAUAACUUCAACACCCUUUUUCGGAGGCGACAGGACAGCGAUGGAGGCGACGGGGCGAUGAAAAGCGGCCGUCAAAAUGAUAUUUCCGUUAGUUUGGGUGACGACGAAGAAGACGAAUCUGAAUCGGACGACGGAGAGGCGCCGGGCGGCCUUGUUGGGUUGAUCGCCAAUCUGAGCGGGGGUGAGGAGGGAUCGGAUAUAGGCGCACUGGUCGGUGCACUAUCCGCUGCGAUAACCAAUAUUUUCGGGCCAAACGGUUUGGAUGUCCCCGGACUGCUGGGCACUGGAACCAGUUUGCUGGCCGGUUUGCUAGGGGGUGAUGAAAACUUUGGCAAGGUACUAGGAAACUACGUAGGUAUUGCGGUCGAAGGCUUCUCAGGCGGAGGCGCUGACAUGAAUGGAGCCUUUUUCGGAAACUUUUUGGGAGCCGUUAUUGCUGCAUUGAGCUCGGACCCGGAGGAUGAAGAUCUCCCUUUGAGACCGAAGCUGUUCAUCGAAAAUUUCUUCGUCGGACUACAGGAAGCCAAACGGAAGGGAGAUCCCGACGCGGAGAAUGUCCCUGAGCAUAAGGGCUCAGACCUGUUCGGCUUCAUCGGAAACAUUGUGGCUUCAAUUGUUGGGGGUGUCACAAGUUUAGUUCUAAACGCUUCCCUCGGAUCAUCCGGUGGGUCUUCGCAAGGGUCAGCUGAUGCAUCUGGGGCAUCUUCGGCAGGUAGCAGCGGUGAUCACUGUCCGCAUCCUUGCAAACCGACAUCUCAUUAGUGUGCCAUUC